AUGUUAGCAAAUUUAUUUCCCAAACUGGAACUUCUCGAACAAGCUGAUGAUCAUCAGAUGCUUAAUCAAUGGCCUCAUAAUAAUCACUUCUUCUUGUUCCAAAGUGAUUUUCUGGCCCAAAGUCGUCGUGUUCUUCCAUCCACCGCUUUUUCAGGCGACGGCGACGAAAGCGCAGCCGCCGCCGCCCAUGAUGAUCAUCAUCAUCAUCACCAACAAAACCCUCCUGUAGUUCUUGAAGGGAUCGCCGCCGUUGUCGGGGAGCAUGUCCUCUUCGGAGGCGGCGCCGCAGUUAAAAAUAAGCACGUUGUUGGUGGUGGUGGUGGUGGUGGUGAUGAUGUCGUCGGGGUGAAGAAAAGCUACCGGGGGGUGAGGAAGAGGCCGUGGGGGAGGUGGUCGGCGGAGAUACGCGACCGCAUAGGACGGUGCCGCCACUGGCUAGGCACAUUCGACACGGCGGAGGAGGCGGCGCGUGCCUAUGACGCGGCGGCGAGGCGGCUGAGGGGGUCCAAGGCGAGGACCAACUUUCAUAUUCCGUCUGUUUUGCCGGCGGUGGUGCCGUCGUCUUCAAGCUCGUCUAAUAAUAAUAAUAAUAAUAAUAAUAAUAAUUCAUCAAAGAAGAAGAGGGGUAAUAAUGGAAAAGGGAAAAUGGUGAACGUUAGCAAGAAGUGUUCGGUUGUAACUUCUGCUGCGCAUCUAUUUGGCCCAAUUCCCGACAGCGAAAGUGAAAGGCCGCCGCCGCCGCCGGGUGUUAGUUUGGAGCUUCGUCUGAAUCUUGGUCGGAGUUUUACCGACAGAAUUGCAAAACCCUAA